GUUUAAAACCGCGCCGACCCCGAGCCAGCCUGAUCGAUCGAUCCAGCCAUCCAGCCAGCCCCGCUCGUUUCCCCGCUUCGCACAGUUUUUUUUUUGUUUGGUUUUUGCGCAGCAAGCACCAGGCUCGAUGGCGCGCGGGCGGACGCUGAUGCGGUGCGCGCUCCUGGCGUGCAUGGUGGCGGCGUGGGCGUCGUCCACCGCGUCCGCGUUCGUGUUCAAGGCGGGCGGCACGGGCGAGUGGCGCGUGCCCGCCGGCGCCAGCAGCGGCAACGCCACCAACGCGUACAACGCCUGGGCGCAGCGCAACCGCUUCCGCGUCGGUGACGCCAUCGCUUUCACCUACACGGCCGGCAACGACUCGGUGCUCCUCGUCGACAAGAGGUCCUACGACGCCUGCGACACGGCCGCGCCCAUCGACACCUUCUCUGACGGCAGCACAGUGUUCACCUUCACCCGCUCCGGGCCCUACUACUUCAUCAGCGGCAGCAAGGACAACUGCAACCGCGGCGAGAAGCUCAUCGUCGUCGUCAUGGCCGAGCGAUCGGCCGUCGGCAACGCCACCGAGCCGGGCGCGGGGCUGGCGCCAUCGCCCAACGGCCCCUACUCGAUCUACUCCCCGCCGCCGCCCUUCGGCAUCGACAUCUCGCCGGCGGCGUACCCGCCGCCACCGAAUGCCGCGGCACCCAAGGUGGCGGGAGUUGCCGGCACUGCCGCGCUUGCCAUUGGAGCGCUGUUCUACGCGCUUGUUUGAUGUGUGUGUUUUGUUUAAAAUGGUCGUGCGCGCGCGCGGUGGAUGGAGAAGGUCGAUCAGAUGGCUGCCUGACUAGCUCCCACAUCAUAUGUAAUAAUCCAUAUAUGCCGAUUGAGUUGAGUGAACCUGUUUUUAAUGUAUAAAAUGCUGUCAAAUGUUGAUGUGUUGAUUAAUUCAAUGCUGUUGGAAUGUGAUUUUA